AUGCAUCCACGACUUACAUGUGCAGUACUCCAAUAUCAGGAACUGCUCAAUAAUGACGAGGCUGCAUCGAUCGGCAGAAGGCUACAUCUAUCUAUCUAUCUAUCUAUCUAUCUAUCUAUCUAUCUAUCUAUCUAUCUAUUCAUUUUUAUCUAUCUAUCUAUAUCUUCCUCUCGCUCUAUCUACCUAUUCAUUUCUAUCAAUCUAUCUACUCAUUUCUAUCUAUCUAUCUAUCUAUCUAUCUAUCUAUCUAUCUAUCUAUCUAUCUAUCUAUCUCUAUUAAUUUCUAUAUCUCUUUCUCUAUUCAUUUCUAUCUAUCUAUUUAUUCAUUUCUAUCUAUGUAUCUAUUCAUUUAUAUCUAUUUCUCGCUCUAUCUAUCUAUCUAUCUAUCUACAGGCAUGCGUGUGCGCACACACACACGAACCAAUUUUCUCACCUCUCCCUCUUUUUUCUUCUUGUUUUCCUUCCUUCUUUCCCUUCCCUCCUUUCUCCCCCAUCUCUCUCCUUCUCUCUCUUGCUGUUUCUCUUUUUCUCUUUCUACGACCAUAUCAUGUUGAAACACCGGUUCUCAUUUUUUUUUUCUGGUUCCUUUUUUGGUUGCGUUCUUCAAUUGCUUUCAUUCGACGUUGUUCUAUUUCUUCUCUUAUUCUUUCGGUUAUCUGGACACCAGUCUUCGAAGCUGGUGAUCCUUUCUUGCGUUCUUUCCCUUCUGUGUCGUCUCGAGGAGCUAAAAACUUUCUCUUCUAUUGCAUCUUUUCUGUCGCCUUAUGA